CUACUUUCGGUUUUGAAGUCACAUUAAUUACGUUGACUCUCCCUCUCUCUCCAAACAGCGAAUAUUAAAAUCAUUGGCGACAACCACAUUUGAAAGUAAUGAGUUGUGUACUUAAGCUAUUCGAGUAACUAUCGGAACGGACUUGCUUCCAACAGUCAACAAAAGAUGGAUGCAGUUCCAGGGAGAAUCGCGCCCGAGGCUACAGGGUCGUCCCAUGACCACACUUAUUGUCAGCCAUGUGCUGAAGAUGGGAAGAGAAUCCUUCCUGAAGCCUUCUGUACCGUCUGCAAGGAGUUUUUGUGUUCCACUUGCGCCCGAGUACACAGGAACAUGAAGCUGACCAAGAGCCAUGUCCUCCAGGACAAGAGCAGUAUGCCUUCCUCAUUCCAUGCUGAAAGUGAGGCUGAGACGUUUACAGAGACAUGUCAGUUCCAUGCGAAUGAGUUUAUAAAGUAUUACUGUCCCAACCAUGAAGCACUUCUGUGUGGAGAAAGCGUAGUUGAUUAUAAAGAACAUCGCUCUUGUGAAGUAAAGAAAAUUUCUCAAUUGGCAAAACAAUACAAAGAGGGUGCAGAAUACAAAAGUCUGAAAACAGGUGUUGUGCAGAUGGUCAGUGACAUUAAGAACUAUUUAUCGUUCAUACAGGCGAGCAUGAAAUCAGUUGAAGAGGAAAGUCUUACCAAUAUUAAUGAGCUUCGAAAAUUCAAACAUGAGAUCAACCAGUUAUUGGAUAAGAGGGAGAACGAGUUAUUGGAAGAAAUUGAUCGGAAGAAACGGGAAUCCGAGACGCUGCUAAAUGAAAUGAAAGCAAACUGUUUAGACAUGAAAACUGCCACUGAGAGGCUCAAGGCCGAGCUACAAGCUAAGGAGGUCAACAACAACCAGCUGUUUGUAUCUGGAACAAGGGCGAUCAAGGAGUUAGUCGGUCUUCAGGCAUCACUUGAGGACAUCAGGAGAAGAGGUAAAGUUCCACACUCGAAAUUCAGUAGGGACCCAGCAACAGAACAGCUGCAGUCCUCAAACACAGCUAUUGGCAGAGUGGACCAGAUGGCGUCAGAUUUGGCAGACCAGCAGAAACAACCCCAGGAGCUGGCCUUAAACCAGAGCCGUGCAGACCUAAGCCAGUCCCAGUUUAGCAAGCUGCCUGACAUUCCAGUGAAGACUUCAGCCGGCACCAGUAAAUGCUUCCUGACCAGUGUGGCCCUCCUGUCCGGAGAAAGGCUCCUACUGUCUGACUUCCACAAUUGCUCAGUAAAGCUUGUGGACACCACUACCAACAAGAUGGUGUCCCAGGUGAAACUACCAGGUAACCCUAGGGACCUGUGUCUUCUGCCCGGAGACAGGACAGCCGUCACUCUGCCUGACGAGGGAAAGAUACAGUUCGUAUCUACUCAGGAAAAUGCCACAUUACUGGAUCUUGUUAAAGUAGAUGGACAAUGUUGUGGAAUAGAUUUCUGUGAUGACAACUUGAUAGUGUCCUUCUACCACCCAGUCAAGGUUGUGUUGAUGGACAUGAAGGGAAAGGUGAAGAAGAGUGCGGACAAAGACAGCAGUGGAAAUCCUUUGUUUAAUUGUCCUGAUUAUCUGACAGUGACCAGAGAAAGCCAGACUCCUCCGGUCAUAUAUGUAUCAGACUGGGGCACCCACACCAUCACCAAGCUGAGCAUGUCACUAGAGGUGCUCCAGACGUACCAAGAUCCGAUACUGAGAUCACCACAGGGUCUGACAGCCAUUGGGGACAACCAGCUGCUCGUGAGUGGGAAGGGCAGUGACAACAUUCUGUUACUGGAUACACUCACCAGCAAAGUAACCCAACUGCUGGGGAAGGAAGAGGGGAUAGAGAGUCCAUGCAGUGUGGCUUACUGUUCACUGAAGAAGAUGAUGUUUAUCAUCUGCAGUCAGUAUGGCAGACCUGAAUUGAAGAAUUUCGUGAAAGUAUUCAACUUAGUUUAGAUCAAGUCUGUCAAUUUAUAUGAAUGAAGUCUGUAUCAGGUGUGAAGUAAUUGUAAUGUUUAAGAAUAAUUUUAAUGUAUAAUAUUAUACUGACAAUACGCAUAUACAAUGCUUAAUUGCACAUAUCGCGCAAUUCAAUUACUGUGAGAGUAUUUGACGGAAACUUUUAAAUUAUUUUGAAUUCUAACAGUUUUCAUUAGUGACAAGUCGUGUAGUAAUGUGUUAUAAGAAAAUAAUAUACGAGUAUGGGAAUGUGUAUUUUUAAUUGAAAUGUUAGUAGGUGAUUGUGUAUGAAAUAUACUAACAAGUUGGUUUCUUGCUUGAACAUGUUUAAUCAAAAAAUGUAAUUGUGUAAUAGAAUGAUUCAGAAUAUAGACUAUAGAGUUAUAGACACGGUGUGUCAUUUUUCCAUGCAGUUUGUAUUUAGUAAAUAUGUUGUUUAUAAUGUGUUUAUAUUGAAAUUAAACAUACAAGUACGUGUCCUUAUACAUGUAUAGUGAAUGAAUAAUUCUACAGAAGUGUGAAUUGUUUCCAAAAAGAUGGAUUGAAUUGUUUGAACAGAUAUUGACCAUAGUUAAAUAGUUUCCUUAUAUUUCAAUUGAUUAAUAAAACAGACAUUGACCAAUGUGCAACUUAUUUUCUUAUAUACUUAUUGAAUAAAUUA